UUUUCUUCCGAUUCUUAAAAUGCUAUAAAGCUAAGAGAACAAACCGUGGGUUCCACAGGACACCAUGACCUUCAGAUUCAUACUGCUGCUGCUCUGUGCUUUCCAGGGAGCUGAAGGCACCAAGAUUGUUGGUGGCAAAGAUGCUGUCCCCCAUUCGCGGCCGUACAUGGCCUCACUGCAAAUCCAAGGUCGACAUAUCUGCGGCGGAGUGCUCUUAAGAGAAGAUUUUGUGCUCACAGCAGCACAUUGCGACUUAAUGAUACCAUACACAGUUGUGCUUGGAGCAGAUACACUGCAAGCCAAUGAGCCAGCGAAGCAGAGCCUUCGUGUUCUCAGAUCCUUUCCCCAUCCGAACUACACUGAACUUGCAAAUGACAUCAUGCUGUUGAAGCUUAGCAGCAGGGCAAAUCUUACUAAAGAAGUGCAGUUGAUCUCUCUGAGGUCUGGAAGCCUCAGAACGGGAAGUAGUUGCAUCACAACUGGUUGGGGGGACAUAGGUGACAACAGGACGUUGGCAAACAGGCUUCAGGAGGUCAAUGUCACAAUUAUGUCACCACGUACAUGUCAGAGAAGAUGGAGAGAAGUUCCCAUAGCCAGAUCGAUGGUUUGUUCCAUGGGUUCACGGAACAUACAGGGCUUCUGCUCGGGGGAUUCAGGAGGCCCCUUGGUGUGUGACGGAGCUUCGGCGGGUGUCGUCUCCUUCUCCGGGCGUCGAUGUGGAGACCUAAGGACCCCUGAUGUUUACACACGUGUUGACUCUUUCAGGCAGUGGAUUGAAAAAGUGCUGAAUGAAAAUUAGACAAAAUACCUUUACGUGGUGCUUUUUCUACUUCCCAAGGCGAAACCGACAAAUUGUUCUAUAUUUCAAAUGUAAAGUUUCUUCCACUGUAAAGUCUUUGUUACCUUUAAAAGUUACAUAAAAGGUCUGUAAAAAUUCUUAGGCAAUCGUAGUUUGAGAUUUGGCAUCAUUAUUAUAUACUUCAAGGAGUUGCAUGUCAUCACCUUCCUAAAAUAAUCACCUAAGUCAUCUUUUGCCAAAAUACUUUUGGCAAAAAAUGACUUAUUAUUUUAGGACAAUGUCAGAAAAUAUGAAUAUAUGUUCCAAUUCAAUAACGCAUUUCUAUUAAUUAAUAAGAAAAUGAUGUGUAACUUUGAGUAUCCUCGUUAUAAUACUGAGUAUCUUCAAUUGGAAGCUUCUUCAUAAUUGCUGUAAUACAUAUCUGUACAUGAAAUCCUUCCUGCCCACAGUCAUCACCAUCCAUAACAGCUUUGAAGAAUCUUUGAUAAAAGGAGUUAAAAUAACAUUUAAUUAACUUUGUGAUCAAUAAAGUACUUUUCAAUUUGAA